AUGCACAUUUUUUGUUAUUCUUUCCAUUUUUCUAUUAAUUUAUUGAUCAAGAACAGAAAAAAAAAAAUGGGAAAAAAAAUAUUUUUUUUAGGUAGUUUUAGGUUGCAAAUUGAUGUUUAUUUUGUGGGGUUCUUGUUGUUAAUCAAAUUUUGAGUUAUGGGGUUACAAUCUUUUUGAUGUUAUAGAAGGUUCAAAGGGUUCAGCUGAGAAUAAAACAAAUAAAAAAAUGAUAUAAAGAUGAGAUUUUUUUGAGUGAUUCUUCAAGAAUAUUUGUGGUGUUAACAUCAAUAUAGCAAUCUGGCGUACAAUCCGCGUUAAGUAACUUUCGUCCUUGCUUUUUGAGUGUUUCUUAUUCUGUUCUCGGGUCCUGCUGUAUGCAUCUUGAAUUUUCUUUUAGCUCGGUACGUUCAUUAUGGAUAUCAGGGGUUGCAGGUACAUGUAGCGACGAGGGUUCAACUUGUUGGAAAAUUAUACUGUGAAAAUAUGGAUACGGAAAAGGAAAAAAUAAUCUUCCAUGAAAAAUACGAUUUCUUCAAUUUGAGAUAUCACGUAGAGUCUAAAGUUCUUGAAUUCUAGCUCUAGCUGUAGGAUUUUCUAAACAUACUUGGUGGCUGGAAAUGGUAGAAACAAGCAGUAAAAGUUAUUGGUUGAACUGGAGAUUCUUAUUAUUGGCAUCGGGGCUCGUCGUAAUUACAGGAACUGCAGUACGCAUAAUAUGGAAAUAUGAAGGUUCACCAAGGUCGGGAAAACAGGAAGGAGAUAGUAAGAAGAAACCGGUUGGGUUCUUGUACAAAGACGAAGCUUGGACAACAUGUCACAAAGCAAUCAAUCCCGCUUGGCUGCUUGCUUACAGGACAAUUAUGUUCUUUUUUCUCCUGUCAAUGCUCUCCACGGAUGUUUUUUUUAAUAGUACAGAUAUAUUCUUUUUCUAUACUCAGUGGACAUUCUCUUUGGUCACUAUCUAUUUUGGGCUAGGGUCUUCACUCUCCAUCUAUGGGUGUAUCCUAUAUCGAAAGGGUGUUGCUAGUGGAAAAGUUUGUUCUGUUGAUGAAGAGAGAAACGAUUCUCCAACUCUCGAGAAGAAUGCAAGUUUACCCGACGUAUCCAAGGACUUGAGUUCCGAUGAGGAAACUGAUGAUAGAGAACCUGCAGGUUAUUUGGGCUAUGCCUUUCAAAUAAUUUUUCAGAUUUGUGCGGGUGCCGUGGUUCUUACAGAUUGCGUUUAUUGGGGACUUAUCUACCCGAUUUUCUUGCCGGAUGAUCUCGGGUUAAAAUUUGUAGUUGUUGGUAUGCAUUCUCUCAAUGCUGCUACCCUGUUUGGCGAUGUGCUUCUGAAUUCUCUACGAUUCCCUUUCUUCAGGCUUGCAUAUUUUGUGCUUUAUACAUGCACAUUUGUCGUAUUCCAGUGGAUCGUCCAUAUGUGUAUCGCAACGUGGUGGCCUUAUUUCUUCAUGGAUCUCGCAUAUGAAUUCGCUCCCUUAUUGUAUGUGAUAGCUGGUGUAGCUCAUCUCCCUUGCUACGGCGUGUUUGCGUUGGUGAUAGCAUUGAAGUGUUGGUUAGCAAGAUUGUUCAAGUGGCUGAUUAGAAAGCUAUCUGGAGACAAACAAUGAGUUCAAAUACCAUCAAAGUCGAAAACAUUACUGUACACCAGUAUUUCUUAUAGCAAAUUUCUCUUUUUUUUCUACUAAUUCUUGGUGCUACUCUGAAGAAUGAGCCAGCACAAGCUUACUAUAUAUACUUUUCACCGUAACCCGGGUUCGAGAUCAUCAUGUGUGUGUGUAUAUAUAUAUAUAUAUGUAUAGUUUUUUCUUUUAUUCUCGAAACCAAAUGAAACUAGAAAGAUCCUGGGAAUUGCUCCUCUUUUUCCUUUACUUGAAGAACAAGCUAUCCGAGUUCACCUUCAAAUGGUGGUGUCUUGUUCUUCUUGUCUUUUACCCUUUAGAAGAAAUGGAAAGAUUUUAUUCUCA